AUGUUUCUGCUUGGCAAAGGGAUACCCGAGCACAUCACAAAUCUGCCCGAGCGAGUUUUGAAGACGCCAUUUGGCCAGAUGCUGAGGCCUCAGAUCGACGCCAGCAUGCGAUCUAUCACCCAAGCAGAGGUUCCACAGCAGAACAGACCAGCUGCAGCGAAUGCAGCGAACACUUCCAACGGCAGUCUCAACACAUCAUUAUCAUCGCAUCCACAUCUGACAGUUAAAGUCCCCACGUUGGAGCACGGGUCACAAAGACCGAUCACUUAUGCAAAAGUACCACCUCUGGACAAGUUGAUGGCGAAGCUCGGCGAUGCAUCAAAACAGACUGAUCUGGCUGCCCUCAAGAGUUUCGUUGAAAAGCGAUCAGAAGAUCCGAAGAUUGCGCUGCCAAAUCUGUCCGACGUUGCUCGCACCUUCCAAUCCGAUAUCCUCAAGCUGCCGGUUGAAUUACAAUUCGCAGCAGUCGAUCUACUCCGCUGUUCCAUGAUCGACCCGAGAGUGAGUGGCUACUUUGCCGAAGAGCAGCAGCCCAGAACCGUGCCUGUCCUAAUAAAGCAUGUGCUGAAUCUGAAGGAAUGUCCUCACAACCUCCGCUUGGUGACACUACAUCUGGCGUGCAAUGUCUUUGCUUCCCCGCUAUACGUUAAGGAGUUGAUGGAAAGCGAAGAUUCAACUCUGUCGACAUUCAUCGACUUAAUAACGUCGUCAUUAUUAGACGCCUCUCAUCCCACAACACGAGUCGCAGCAGCGUCACUCGCAUUCAAUCUCGCCGUAGCGAACUAUCGUGUGCGGAGGGAGCAGGGCCAGGAAGGCCUGAGUGAAGGCGAACAGGUCGAGCUGGCGGCGAGUCUGCUGGAGGCUGUUAGCGAUGAAAAGAACGAAGACGCAGCGAAAGCUGUUUUGACGGCGUUUGGGUAUCUGGUCUACUGCUCAGAUCCGAACGGUGAGCUGGCUGAUGUAUGCGAAGCGAUGGAUGCCAAGCAUACGCUGAGGAAAAUGAAGGUGUCAGAAGGCAUGGCGAAUGAGAUAUCGAGUCUGCUAUGA